AUGGUUCUUCCUCCUUCCAUCGCCGCCAGACGGCCAACGACAAGGCGGCAGUUCCUGCUGCCGGCCUACCUCUUGGUUCUCCUCGCCCUGGCAGCGCAAGCCGUCCACGCCCAGAUCUUCCAGAACUUCUUUGGCGGCCACAACGGCGGCGGCGCCGGUGGCGGCGGCAUGUUUGGCGGCCACGCAAGAGAGCAGGAGCCCCCGCCGUCGGGCGACGCGAGGUGGUUCCAUGAACGCGUCAACGCAGGCAAGUCUCGCUCGAUCCGCUGGUCCCUGUCGUUGCAGCAGCCCUCGCACUGCCCCUGCCCCUUUCCACAGCAGAUCCGCUGCUCGUACCGCGACACCGACAGCGCGGCCGUCGAGAGGUCCGAUCGCGCCGGUGGGUCGUUUGACGGCGUCGAUGCCCAGCUCGACCUCGGCGGCACGUUUUGCGUCACGGCCACCGACUGCGAAGAGGUCCAGUGGCUCCUCGAUGGAGGCGGAGUCAGGUCGUCGGCCUGA